AGAGAAGUUUGAUGCAAGCGGUUCACGUGUAUGAGCAGCAGUGUCAACUUCGCGUGUGUCCUAAUAUCCUGUCGGUUUGUGGAAGGACUCGGAAGCCUGUUUGACUGGCGCAACUUUUGCAUACAACUCGUGUUUUCUGUAAGGCCCUUUCGAAACCGCAAGAUUCCCCGCCCCGCGAGUAGGUGCUCAACGGAAUACACUAUUCUCUCUCUCUCUCUCUCUCUGUAGAAUUUGUGCGCCAUGAAGGUACGGUAUGCCCCGUCGUCGAUGCGGCCACAGUAGCACCAGGAUCCCGCGGGAAUCGCAAGUCCAAUUUUGGAGGCCCGGUCUCCUCGAUCGGCGACUCUCUCACUGGCUAAUACCGGGGGCCCGAUUGCGUUUCAGCGAUGCAUCGUCCCGUCUCCUGGCUAGGCUUGCCAUAACCUCUCAGGCGCUCUGAUUCCCACUGACUCGCUCCCAGAAGUUGGCAGGCCUCGCUCUGUCCAGCGGAGGUUGGGCUCGGGAAGCGGAAGCGGACGACGACACUGCAAGACCAUAGAUACGCAGGGACGGCGAAUUCCGACAUAGUUAGAGGCUGGCAUAUCUAGACUUAGACCGGCCUUGGCCUCGGCCUGCAUUCAGACGUACUUGGAUUUAAGCUGCGCCUCAUCUCUCAUCGUGCAGCUAAUCCAUCCGGUCGGACCACGCCUGCUCAUGCCACCCACUUCCUCGCCACUCCUCUCUGCUUGUCUCUUCCUGCACCCUUUCUCGGCAUUCCAGUUGCCUCGCGUGGCCCGAAACUGCCCUGUUUCUCUCUCCCGUCUUCAAAACCCAUCCCGACGUUGCCUCGCGGCUUCUUCUUUCGCAGUAGGUUGCUGUCGCGGUCCCCUCCCCCCGUCUCGCGCUCCUGACCUUCUCCGUCCGUGUGUCCCACUCCCUUCGGAGCGAAUUGCAAAUUGCAUUCAUUUACGUGCACAACGAUGUCGAAUUCCGGGUACAACGAGCAGUUUUUCAACUACAUGCCUCAACUCGUCCAGGAGGACGGCUCUUCUGACGAAGAUGAGGGAUUGAUCACCGUUGUGCUGAAGAUGCCUCUUCUCACCGACGAAUCUGAGGAAAGAGUACAACAAAAGUUGAAGGCCGUAGAAGGGGUAUCAAGUGUCCACAUUGACGUGACCAGGCACAAAGUCACUGUCAAAGGGACUGCGGAACCUGCAACCGUGCUUGCCAAGGCCCGAAAAGUCAUGCCGCAGACGGAGCUAUGGUAACAGCGACAGGAUCGCGCGGCAGACCCUUCAGCUUCGAAAUAAAUUAGGCAGAGUUUUGACUUGAUCUGGAUUUUGCAUGUGUCGAUUAGUUGAGGUUCUGAUGUUAAGGGUAGGAGGAACUUAUAGUUCCGUGAAAAGUCAUUGAUCUUCUGCGGUGUCCGGGCGAUGGAAACGGGGAUCUCAUCAUGAUGCCGGAAGCACAAUCAAUCUGGCCGCGGCUCGGAUGUGUUCAGACUCAGCAGCACGGGCUCCGGAGAUCGGAAGGACCCAUUCCACACGAAUUGAAUCCCGCGCUUCGUAUAUCGUAGCUUUUAGGCAGGACACACUACUCAUAGUCGAGGUUUUGAUUUCAGUUUAUCACCAGCGCCAUGUACAUAAGACUCUCUUGCUCGUCUUGCGAUUGAGUAGCUGUAUAGUCCUCUCGUUACCAUGGGAAAUAUGAACUGCACGGGGGCAUCAUCAUUCAGGUGGUCCACUUGCAGUUACAUUCAAUCAUUG